AUGCCCGGGUACCUGAUCAAGAAUGGACGGGUCCUUACGUGGGACCAGGAACGGAAAUCGUCGUUCCCCCAGAUCGACAUCCUCGUGGAAGGCCAGGUAAUCUCUAAGAUCGAUCCGAACCUAGAGGUCAAUGCCAAUGAUCCGUCUGUUCAAGUCAUCGACGCAAGUGGGUGUAUUGUGACUCCAGGCUUCAUCGAUGGUCAUCGACAUGUCUUUCAAUCCCAGCUUCGCUCCACGGUCAGCAACCACACUCUUCUCGAAUACUGUGCCCACCUUCUUCAAGGACGGAUGACGUUCCUGGAGCCCGAGGACAUGUACCUUUCCCAGCUCUCGGGCGCAAGCGAGGCGAUUUCAUGUGGUGUGACCACCGUCAUGGACCACUCGCACGUGGUGACGACACCAGACCACGCGAAGCGCUGCAUCGAAGCGACCAUAGAGUCGGGCAUCCGAAGCGUGUACUGCGCCUCGCCGUUUGCGAUCCCGACGUCCCUCAACCCCAUGACGCUGCCGGACAUGACGGUGCACCACGCAAAGCAAAUCGAACUCUUCAAGUCUCUCUGGAAUCAGCACCCGCUGGGCGGACCGGGCAAUGACGGGCGCGUCACACUAGGUCUGGGUUUCGACACGAUGCACUGGAUCCCCGAGGCUGAGGCGCGGGAGAUCCUGACCUUCAUCAAGGACAACAACAUCCCCCUGACGUGCCACGACGUGCCGCGCUACAACCUCCCGGCGCUCGCGUUCCUGCGCGACAAAUCCAUGCCGCUGCCGGCCCAGAUCACGCUCUCGCACACCUGCGAGCCGUCGGCCAGGGAGGUUGAGUUCGUGAGGGGACACCAGAUUGGUGUCGUCUGCACGCCCGAGUCCGAGAUGGCCAUGUCCCACGGCAUGCCCUCGGCGUUCGACUUCUACCGCUCCCCCAAAUGCCGCGUGGGCCUGGGAGUAGACUCUCCAGCCAUCUGCUCGGGCGACCUCUUCUUCCCCAUGCGCCUGGCUCUCCAACAGCAGCGCAUGCGCGAGAACAGCGCCUUCCACACGCGCGGCAAGCUUCCCGACCUGGUGCCCGCGCAUACCGACGACGUGCUGUACAUGGCGACGCUGGGCGGCGCGGCGGCGAUCCACAUGGAGUCCAAAAUCGGGAGCAUGGACGUCGGCAAGUGCGCAGACAUUGUACUCGUGCGCACCGACUCGCCGUCUAUGAUCGGCUGCGUCGACCUCUCGGCUGCUCUGGUCACGCACGCGUCCCCCGCCGACGUCGACACCGUCAUGGUCAACGGCGAACUCGUCAAGCAGAGCGGAAAACUGCUCAAGGUCGAUUGGGACGAGCUCAAGGUCAAGCUCGCGCGGAACCGCGAAGCGCUCGAGCAAAAGUUCCAAGAGGUCGAUUGGGAGUGGAACAAGAAUGACCUCAAGGACCUGUGGGGUGUGCGCGAUGUGCUGGAGUGA